AUGCUGCACAUAUUAUUUCUAGCAUCGGCCACUGAGAAAGAGCUGGUGGGCAUCGUGGGGGGACAAAAUGCUCCCCUGGGAAAGUGGCCCUGGCAGGUCAGCCUGAAGGUGUACAACUACCAUUUGUCAGCCUGGGUGCACAGAUGUGGUGGCUCCCUCAUCGAUUCGAAGUGGGUGCUGACUGCUGCCCACUGCAUUCACCAUAGAAAUGCAGACCCGUCAACCUACCGCAUCCUGGCUGGGGACGUGUACCUGUAUGGGCACCAGAAGCUCUUGAGUGUCAGCCAGAUAAUUUUUCACCCAGACUUCGUUUCUUUUCAUCUUGGUGUGGAUGUGGUACUUCUGAAAUUGGCAGAACCAGCGGAUUGCUCUGAUAAUGUGAAGCCAAUCAAACUCCCCUCCUCAAAUCUUGUGGAAUCAGAGAAGAAUCAGUGUUGGGUGACAGGAUGGGGCACUGUCUUUGGGUACGAAUCGCUGCCUCCUCCCUACCGUCUUCAGGAAGUGAGUGUGAACGUGGUGAGGAACUCAGUUUGUGAAGAGUUGUACCACAAUGCCACAUUCCACUACUUUAAGGACAGGAAGUUGAUCCUGGACGACAUGCUAUGUGCUGGUAGCGUGGGCCACGGGACUUGCUAUGGUGACUCCGGUGGCCCCCUUGUCUGCAAGGACUCAGGUUCCUGGACCUUGGUGGGAGUGGUCAGCUGGGGCUACCGCUGUGGCUGGGCUAUUGUUCCCAGUGUCUUUGCUCGUGUUUAUUCCUACGUUCCCUGGAUCAAGCAGCACACUCAGAAUUCCUCCUGAGCUCAGUCUACUGGCCUCCCUGGUUACCCAAGGAGGAGCCUGCUGCCCUCCUCCCAGAGCCUGGGUCUGCUGCUUCUGCGCCUGCCUGACCCGAGACUCACCUUCUCCUCUGGUCUCCUCGGAGCCCUGAACUUCCAUGAACACUCACAGGCUGAGGUCCCAUGCCGGCUCUUGCUGUCUGUUCCUGAUGGGAGGUCACAAGGUGUGUGGGGCAGGGGCUUGAGCUGCAUGGCACUGAUGCCCCAGUUUGCCAAAUACCCAGUUGUUGGAGGACACCUGGCAUAUUUCUGCUUUCUGCCUAUCCUGA